CACCUAAUCAAAAUCCAAGGUACUCUUCCCAUACAAGAAAAGAAUCUCUAUCCAACACACGUGUACGGCCCCAAGGUCCCGAGUUGCCCGCUCAAGUCAAUUUCUCUUUGUAAAAGUCGAACAAGAUUAGAGAAUCGGACUGUUUUUAUGAGCUAAAUAUACUAUAUAUAUACUCUCUCUCAGUGGGGUAGAAAAUUUUCAUGUGCGUCUGUCCUUCCCUCUAUCAAUCGAUCGUCUAGCUUAUCAACAUGGGAACAGUACUCAAACCCAUUACGGCUGCUAUUUUCCUUUGCUUCCUUCUGUUGCCUUUGGUUUUUGCUGCACCCAAUGAUGGAUUGGUUAGAAUUGGACUCAAAAAGAGGAAGCUUGAUCAAAACAACCUUGUGGCUGCCCAGUUUGAGUCCAAGGAAGGAGAGUCAUUGCAAGCAUCUAUUAAAAAGUAUUAUCUCCGUGGGAAUUUAGGUGAUGCAGAUGAUAUUGAUAUUGUAUCACUAAAGAACUACAUGGAUGCUCAGUAUUUUGGUGAGAUUGGUAUUGGUACUCCUCCACAAAAGUUUACUGUGAUAUUUGACACUGGUAGUUCUAAUCUAUGGGUGCCCUCUUCCAAGUGCUAUUUCUCUCUUGCCUGCUAUUUCCAUUCCAAGUACAAGUCUGGCCAUUCAAGCACCUACAAGAAGAAUGGAAAAUCAGCAGACAUCCAUUAUGGAACUGGUGCUAUUUCUGGCUUCUUUAGUCAAGACUAUGUAAAUGUUGGUGAUCUUGUGGUCAAGGACCAGGAAUUUAUUGAAGCAACCAAGGAGCCCAGCAUCACAUUUUUGGUAGCAAAGUUUGAUGGCAUACUUGGACUCGGAUUUCAAGAGAUAUCCGUUGGAAAGGCUGUACCUGUGUGGUACAACAUGGUCAAUCAGGGUCUUGUUAAAGAACCAGUUUUCUCAUUUUGGUUUAACCGCAAUGCUGAUGAAGAUGAAGGGGGUGAGAUUGUUUUUGGUGGGGUGGACCCCAAGCAUUACAAGGGUGAACAUACAUACGUCCCUGUGACGCAGAAAGGGUAUUGGCAGUUUGAUAUGGGUGAUGUCUUCAUUGAUGGUAAAACAACUGGAAUUUGCGGCAGUGGCUGUGCAGCAAUUGCUGAUUCCGGAACUUCUCUGUUGGCUGGUCCUACAGGCAUCAUUGCUGAAGUAAACCAUGCAAUUGGAGCAACUGGAGUAGUUAGUCAGGAAUGUAAAGCUGUUGUUGCUCAAUAUGGAGAGACCAUAAUUGAGAUGCUAUUAGCAAAGGACCAACCACAAAAAAUUUGCUCACAAAUUGGUUUGUGCACAUUCGAUGGUUCUCGAGGUGUAAGUAUGACAAUUGAGAGUGUUGUGAAUGAGAAUAGUCAAGAAGUGGCUGGUAGUUUGCAUGAUGCAAUGUGCUCUACUUGUGAGAUGGCAGUCAUUUGGAUGCAGAAUCAACUCAAGCAGAAUGCAACACUGGAGCGCAUACUUAACUAUGCCAAUGAGCUAUGUGAACGAUUGCCUAGUCCAAUGGGGGAAUCAGCCGUAGAUUGUGGUAGCUUGUCUACCAUGCCUAACGUUUCAUUUACAAUUGGCGGGAAGGUUUUUGAUCUCUCCCCUGAGCAGUAUGUACUCAAAGUGGGUGAGGGAGAAGCUGCUCAGUGCAUUAGUGGAUUUACAGCUCUAGAUGUGCCACCACCUCGUGGGCCCCUCUGGAUACUGGGAGAUGUUUUCAUGGGUCGGUUCCAUACAGUAUUCGACUAUGGUAAUCUGAGAGUUGGAUUUGCGGAAGCUGCAUAACCUUUACUACGUUGUUCUGUUUUGUGUUGUACACCCUUGACCUUGCUCCAUCUGUAUGCUUUUUACGUGAAAGUGUCGUGGUUGACUUUGAAGGGCUUGAACUAAACCUCGUGUAAAUAUCAGAACAGCCUUGUUAUGUUGUGAAACUAGUACUGAACCUUCACUGCAUAACCUUACUACGUAGUUCUGUUGUGUUGUGCACUCGUGACCUUGCUCUAUCUGUAUGCUUUUUACGUGAAAGUGUAGUGGUUGACUUUGAAGGGCUUGAAUUAAA